AUGGCCCUCACCCAGUCCAUGUCGCCCCUUACAAGGCAGCCCUUUGGUGUCAUUGAUUCCUCCCGUAUGAGAUUCUUACAGAGUAUGAAAAACCAGCAGAAUGCCGCGCCAUCCACCUCUCUCAAACGCCGUCUAGAUACAUCAGAUCUAUCCAACACCGAAACCAUUAAUCCUUCCUCUCUCUCCUUCGGCCCUCUAGGCUCCAAGCGCGCCCGAAACCAUCUCGUCCAAGUCGUCUCCAAACCACCCAAGUUCACCAUCGCCUCCCCAAGGACCACCAGCACUACCAAUACAAAAUGCCUCCAGACACCUGUAUCCAAAAUAAAACUCGCCACGCUCCCAAACUCAGCACCGCUCCGCGCCCCAGCUGGCCGCUCGCCAAAGUCCAAGUCCAAGUCCGUCAAGGCCUUCUCCCGCCGCAGCAUCACAUCAUCCUCACCCACAUACACACGCAUUGACCCGCCCACCUUGUUUGCGAAACCACAUGCGCCACGCGCACCGUUUUCCAUUGCUGAUGCACUCCAUGGAACCCGCAACACAGCCUCGCAAACAACCAAAGCUGCCGGGCCGUCAAAUGUCAAUACAAACAACAAUAGCAAUGCCAUUGACAAACCGUGUCCAAAGGACUGGGACUUUGAGAUAUACGUUGAUACCGAGCAGGAUGAGAUGGCAAACUUGAUGCAGCAUUCGGCCUGCGUGUUGGAUAUCAGUGAUGAUGAAGAUAAACCUCGGAGCAAGGAUGAAAGGGGGAAGGAGAACAUUCCUCCUGCGGAAAUGAUUGGUGAGGCUCUGAUUACGGAAAUGGGUAGUGGUCGUAAUAGUAGAAGUCGCACGUUGAUAAUGACGGAUGAGCUGCAGGGGCAGACGCAGGCGCAACCACGCGCCGUGCUGGGAGAGUUGGAUGUUGCUCUUUUUAUAUCUGAGGAGGAUGUGAGGGAGAGUGAGAGGAUGGAGAAGGAGCUGGAGCGCGAGCAGGAACUGAAGAAUGAGAAUGAGAAUGAGAACAUCAACCUUGACACAGCCUACAUCGCAGCGGAACAUUCACCGUUGUCUGAACAUUCAAUUGAGCAGUCCCAGGUUUCUAACCACCAUCACUACCAACAUGAGCCACAACAGCACCAGCACCAGCGAAGCAACUCACAACUCGCCAGCCACGCGGCCAUUUCUUCGCUGAUAUUUGGCACAGCAGAUGGUGUGGAUGCUUCUUCUGCCUUCAAAGCUGAACGGCCGACAAAUGUUAAGAUUGAAAUUUGGGAGAGUGAGAGUGUGGCUGGGGAGGCUGAAGUCUGA